GAAAUCUUACAGGCUCUUAAGCAACCCUGCUUUGCUUGCGAUCGAUCCUCUUUCCACCUUCACUUCCUCCAUAAAACAACACAAAAGGUUUCUUGUCUCGUAUCACAUCGAUUAGUAGGUGGGACUUGAGCCUCCAAUUUUUCCGUUUUCCAAUACCAAUCUUCACGUCUUCCUGCUCCAAAAUUCUUUAAUUCUUCAUUUUUUAUCUUCUUCCAUGCCGUUAAUUAUAAGUGAAGGGUCUGUUUCUCCUGCAGAAAACGACCAGGGUGAUUGCUUGCAGUGGAAUGGUGGGUCGAUAAGAAUAGCUGCUUCGGUUCUUGUUCUUGUUCUCGUUCUCGUGGGGGAUGGCUGUGCUUGCCUUCUCUUUCUGGUUCUUGUGCGAGAUGGCCGUGCUUGCCAAUUCCAUUAUCCUCUUGAUCAGUUUUGUAGCCGGACAUGUUUCCAGAACUAGGGCAAAAGGAGCCACUUCAGAAGAGAAAUCAUCGUUCGAAUUCAGAAAUCAUGAAUCAUCAUCAUCUGCAGAGAAAGAAGAAGGACGUUUGGCUUUCAAGUUUCAGUAUCAGGUUCCUGAUCAACAUGGCGAAAGCAAUGCAGAAGGUUUGAUGCCGGUUGUUGUUGUUGAAGAAGUCAAUUCUGCUUCCAAAGCUUGCGUUCGUAAGUACAAUUUCUCGCGUGAGAAAGAUUUCUGCGCCUUCGUCGAAGAGCCAAAAGUAUAUGAGACUGAUUUGUUUAAUGAGGUUGUGAGAGACAAUGUGGUGGCUGCUGUGUCCGAAGAGUUCUCAGGUUUUGAUUCAGAAUGCGAUUCCAUCAGCGUGAGUGAUGGCUACUCAGUGCAUGACCUUGUUGUGGAUUCUGAUGGGUUCUUGUCCGAGAGGGAACUCGAAGUGGAUGAUGAACUGAAAUCGAAUAAAGAAUGUCAAGAAAUGGACUUGAAAUUUACUGAUUCCAGCAGUGACGACGACGAAGCCACAACCAUGAACAAGAAGUAUUCAGCCAGGAAAGAGACAGAUGAUGCCUCGAAGAGUUCCACUGGCACAAGCUCAAGCUCAAGCUCAAGCUCAAGCGCAUUGCUAGAUCUCGAAAUGGAUGCUAAUCUGCAAAAGAGUCAUCUGGAUGAACAAACACACGAGUUGGAGAAGGCGCAAGUGAAGGGCUCUGUUAAUGAGGAUCGUCACGAGUUGGAGUCACUCUGGGAGCACCAGGAGCUCAUUGAGCAGCUCAGGAUGGAACUGCGAAAACUGAAAGAUAUCGGCCUGCCGACCAUUUUAGAAGAGCCAGAGAGCCCUAUAACAGUAGAGGAUUUGAAGCCAUUGAUGAUGGACGAGAGUUUCAUGCAUGAGGAUUCCAUGGACGAGAUGCAGAAAUUCCAUUGGAGCUACAGAGAAAGAAUGAGGAAGCUCGACAUACUGAACUAUCAAAAAAUGUACGCGAUAGGUUUUCUCCAACUGAAAGAUGAUCCUCUUCAGUCAGUGGGAUCUAGGAGGACACUAGGACUGGCAUUCCAAUCCAUUUUUGCUCAAAGCUCCUGGUCAGUUCGUCGAAAGUCGAACGUAAAUCCGUCUGAGAGACUCAUCAAGGAGCUCCAAACUGAUCUGGAAGUGGUGUAUGUUGGGCAAACAUGCCUUUCCUGGGAGUUCCUGCGAUGGCAAUAUGAGAAAGCUAGGGAAAUGCCUCAACUCUCUGAUUCAUUUGGGAAUCAUUUCUAUAACCAAGCAGCCAGAGAAUUCCAACAAUUCCAAGUGAACAUUCAGAGGUUCAUUGAAAAUGAGGCAUUCCAAGGGCCAAGGCUGCGUAAUUUCAUCCAAAACCGAUGCGUUCUUCACAAUCUCCUCCAAGUACCUCUACUAAAGGAGGAUUGCUUGAAGGACAAAAUGUUGGGGGAUGGACAAGGAAUGAGUGGCGAAAAGAUGGAAGAAAUCAUGGAGGAAUCAAUCAGAAUUUUCUGGGAGUUUGUCAAAGCUGACAAGGAUGAAACUCCAGGGAUUCUCAGAGGGUUCAUGGGCACUCAUGUGGAACUACAAGACCCUUCGGAUUUCUACCUUGUGGAAGACAUCCAAUUAGAUCUACACAAGAAGGAGAAGAAGCUUAAGGACAUUCUAAGGACAGGAAACUGUCUGGUUAAGAAGUUCAAGAAACCUAAAGAAGACAGAUCAAAUGAAGAUGUUUUCUUCUCUCAAGUAGACUUGAAGCUGGUGGGAAGAGUCCUGCGGAUGCCAAGGAUUACAACUGAGCAACUGCUGUGGUGUCACAAGAAACUGAGCAAAAUCAAGUUUGUAGAAAGGAAGGUCUUUAGGGAGCCUUGUAAUUUCUUGGAAUUUCCUUGUUGAUCUAGUUCCUUCCCUGUAAAUUACACAUUCAUAAUUCAUCCUCCAUGCCUCGAUCGAGUGGAUUGACUUGAAACAAUCUUUGGCUGUGUUGAUUAAAGGGUUUAACAGUGCAAGGAUAGGGAUGCAUCGUGCAUGGAUAUGGAUGGGGGCUCUUAAAUUCAACUGCAUCACUUGUCAUA